UCCCAAGGCUGACUGCAAAGAGCACACCCCCAGCUGGCAGAGUUUACCAAGCCUUUAAAAAAAACUAAGCUUCCAGUAGGUGUGCGAGUCUGGAAGAGAGCAGAGAGGCAAGACAGGUUUCUGAGGAGUCCUGCUCUGCUGAAAACCCAGAGAACAGCUACCACAUCCACAGCAACCAUGGGAGAGAAUGUGGAUGGUGACCAGCUCAUGGAGAAUCUGCUUCAGCUAAGAUGCCACUUCACAUGGAGGCUGCUAUUUGAAGAGGAUGACAUUCCAGAUUUGGAAGUGAGAAUCUCAGAGCAGGUCCAGUUCCUUGACCUCAAAAACCCAUUGGGGAUGCACAACCUCCUGGCCUACGUGAGACACCUGAAAGGCCAGCACAAUGAGGCCCUGCAGAGCUUGAGAGAAGCUGAAGCCUUGGUCCAGAGAGAGAAGUUGGGCAAGAGAAGCCUGGUGACCUGGGGCAACUGUGCCUGGGUGCAUUACCACAGGGGCAGCUUGGCCAAAGUCCAGAUCUACCUGGACAAGGUAGAGAAGGUUUGCAAGGAAUUUGCAAGUCCUUUCCGCUACAGGAUGGAUUGUGCUGAGAUGGACUGUGAGGAAGGCUGGGCCUUGCUAAAGUGUGGAGGACAAAAUUAUAAACGAGCCCUGGGCUGCUUUGCAAAGGCUCUAGGAGCGGAACCUGAAAACCCUGAGUUCAACACUGGAUAUGCAGUUGUAGCCUAUCGCCAAGAUGUAGAUGACAACUAUAUUUCUCUAGAACCUCUAAGGAAGGCUGUCAGGUUAAAUCCAGAAGAUCCAUACCUUAAAGUUCUCCUUGCCCUAAAGCUUCAGGAUUUAGGAGAACAUGGUGAAGCAGAAGCAUACAUUGAAGAAGCCCUCAGCAGCAAAUCUUGCCAAAGCUAUGUCUUUCGCUAUGCUGCCAAAUAUUUCCGUAGGAAAGGUUGCAUAAACAGAGCUCUUCAUCUUCUAGACAAGGCCUUGCAGGUAUCACCUUCCUCUGGCUACCUACAUUAUCAAAAAGGGCUCUGCUACAAACAACAAUUUUUCCAACUGAAGAAAUCCAGAAACAGGCAGCCCAGAAGGCAGGACAAUGUGCAGGAAUUGGCACAACAGGCCAUUUAUGAAUUUCAAGAGACUGUGAAACUGAGGCCCACAUUUGAGAUGGCUUAUGUUUGCAUGGCUGAAGUGCAGGCAGAAAUUCACCAAUAUGAAGAAGCAGAGGGAAAUUUCCAGAAGGUACUGAACAUGAAAAACGUCUCAGCUCACAUAGAGCAGGAUAUUCAUUUCCGUUAUGGAUGUUUCCAACAGUUUCAUAAGAAGUCAGAAGACAAGGCAAUCACCCACUACUUAAAAGGCCUAAAAAUAGAAGAGAAGUCCUUUGCUUGGAGGAAACUACUCAACGCUUUGGAGAAAGUAGUUGAAAGACGUGUUCACCAGAAUGUUCGACUUAUGGAGAGCACCAGCCUUCUUGGGCUCGUCUACAAACUGAAAGGGCAAGAGAUAAAGGCCCUGCUUUACUAUGAGAAGGCCCUGAGGCUCUCUGGGGAAAUGAACCCUGCAUUUUGAAUGCAGCUCACCUCUGUGAAGCUAAUAUACUCACAACCAAGUGUCCCAGUGCUCCUUCCUGAUUUCUCUUUCCAGAUCUGUUUAUUGAAAUGCCAAGUUGCUAAGUACAUUUUCUGCUGCAGCUUCUUUCUGGUCACUCAUGAUCCUAUCUAGAAGGCACUUCCAUCUCUCAGAUACCUACUCACUUAAAUGAGGACUGAUUCCUGUUGUUCUAGACUCCUGUGCGCUGUAGAAUCACAGAACCUUUUCCUUAUGUCUGUGCCUUUGGAACAGAUAUCUUCUACCCUUUGCCGGCCAAUGUCCUGAACAAAAACAAUUUCAGAGCAAAACAAAUGAGCACCGAAGAAAGUUUGAAAGCAAAAGAGGUCACACAUUACUGGAAAGAUAUUAAAAACCAAGAAGAUGUUUGUCUUACUAGAGAAUUAAAGUGAAAACCCUCCUUAGGUAGUAAAUUCUGAAAAUUACCUAAGUCACUUCUUUCAAUAUUUGUAUGCUAAAAUUAUUCAUUGAAAGUGACUGCAGUAACAAAUUUUGUAUCGUCUGUUGAUGCCAUUAUAAAGUAUGCACCUCUAUGUUAUCCUCAGCUUGAUAUGUAAAGGAGCUGCUUGCAUUACGCUGACUUAUAGGCAUAUUGUGGCAUCUUUGUUCCUGGAUUCCUGACUGUUGUAUUUAUGACUCAGCCAAUUGUGAUUGGCUCCAUCCCUAGGCAGGUGGUCUUGGCUAUACAAGAAAUCUAGCUGUGUAUGUGCCAGUGAAUGAACCAGCAAGCAGAAUUCCACCAUGAUUCCUACCCAAUUUCCUGCCUUGACUUUCUGCCCUGAGUUUCAUCCCCAAAUUUCCUCUGUGAUAGAUUGUGAUCUCUAAGCAUAAGUCAAAUAAACAUUUUCCCCCAAGUUG